UAUGGAACAAGGACGAGAGCGUUUGGAGGCCAGCUGCCGCCCAGCUUUCGCUGAAGCUCAGAGAUGGGUGGAGGCAGUUACUGAGAAGAAUUUUGGAACCCGGGAUUUUCGAGCAUCUCUAGAAAGUGGUAUCCUGUUGUGCGAUCUGAUUAACAAGAUCAAACCUGGCAUCAUUAAGAAGAUCAAUCUGCUAUCUACCCCAAUUGCUGGCUUGGAUAAUAUAAAUGUUUUUCUGAAAGCCUGUGGACAGAUUGGAUUGAAGGAAGCUCAGCUUUUCCAUCCUGGGGAUCUGCAGGAUUUAUCAACGCGAGUUACUGUCAAGCAAGAGGAGACUGACAGAAGGGUGAAAAAUGUUUUGAUUACUUUAUACUGGUUGGGCAGGAAAGCACAAAGCAACCCACAUUAUAAUGGUCCCUACCUUAACUUGAAAGCUUUCGAACACUUACUGGGACAAGCUCUGACUAAGGCCCUUGAAGAGCCCAGCAGUUUGAAAAGAAGUGGCAGGGACAGUGGAUACGGUGACAUAUGGUACUCUGAACGUGGAGAACUUCUUACCUCUUCCGUCAACCAUAGACGAGAAGAUUCCUUUGAUAGUCUGGACUCUUUUGGAUCAAGAUCAUUUGCAAGCUAUUCAUCAGAUAUAACUCUGAAAGGGAGCAGCGAAGGCUGUGAGAGUGACACAGAUUCUGAACUGACAUUCAAAAUGCAGGAUUCUAAUAAAGAUGACAUGUCCUAUCGCAGGAUUGCUGCUGUUGAACCAAAAUCUGCUUUACCAUUCAAUCGAUUUUUGCCCAACAAAAGUCGACAAACAGGGUACAUGCCAGCACCCUUGAGGAAGAAACGGCCAGACAAGAAUGAGGACAACAGAAGAAGCUGGGCGAGUCCCGUCUUUACCGAAGCGGACGGAACGCUUUCAAGUAACCAGAAGAAGAAUUUGGGCACUAAAGCGAAAAACAGGCCAACAACUGAAGAACCUUUAAACUUCGCCGGCUACUUUGAAGAAGAGGAAGAGGAAGGAGAGAAAGAAGAAAAGCAAACAACGGGAAUCCCAAAUAUCAUAAAGGAUGAUCUUUAUGUACGCAGGAUAAGUCCAAUAGGGCCAAACACAGGAAACACUUCUGAUAAGUUUCUUCCUAAAUGUUGGACCUCAGAAGACUUGAAUUGGAAGCAUUUCAAAAAGGCAUCCUCUUAUAAACCAUGGUAUAAGGAGUUUCAGGGAUUCAGUCAGUUUUUAUUACUUCAGGCCCUGCAAACCUUUUCUGAUGAUGUCUUGUCUUCCGAAACAAAGACCAGAGUUGAUCCCACUUCAGGCCCAAGGCUCAUAAGCUGCAGAAAGAACCUCUCUUACGCAUCAGGACGCAAAAGCAACGACAAAGAGAAUGGCGCACUGGAUCCGGAUUUGGAGAAUGAUGAUUUCUUUGUCAGGAAGACUGGGGCUUUCCAUGCAAAUCCAGUUGUUCUCCAAGCUUUUGAAGAUUUCAGGACACUUUCUGAAAACGAUUGUUCCAUAGAGAGAGAUAUAGUGCUCCAACAGAGAGAUGGUGAAGCUGUCCUCCCAGACUUAGAAAAGGAUGAUAUGAUCAUUCGCAGAAUUACAACCCAGAAGAAAGAAAUUCCUCUAUCUGGAGCUCCGGACAGAUACAAUCCAGUGCCUUUUCCAGAACCUUGGACUCUCCCACCGGAAAUUCAAGCCAAAUUCCUCUGUGUCCUGGAGAAGACGUGCCCAUCUGAAGAAAGAACUAGUCGCUGUAGAGUCUUCGUUCCUUCUUCUUUACAAAAGAAAGAUGAUAUGUUGACUCGGAAGAUCGAGGUUUGGAAAUUGGGUACUAAAAUUCCACCCAUCCGUUUCACUCCUGGCCUGUGCAGUGAAGAGGACUUAAAAAAAUGGGAAGCUAUUCGGCUGGCCAGCAGAGUUAGGCACAAGAAAAAGCAAUUAGUUGAGAGACUCUUUCAAAAGAUUUCUGAUGAAAAUGGGAGUAAAUCUAUGAGUGAUGUCAAUGCGGAAGAGGUGCAGAACCUGCGCCAUUUGCGUUAUGAGGAGAUGCAAAAAUUAAAAACCCAGCUACAAGAACAAGAUCAACAAUGGCAAGAUGACCUGGCAAAAUGGAAAAAUCGCAGAAAAAGUUAUACAUCAGAUCUGCAGAAGAAAAAGGAAGAGAGAGAAGAAAUUGAGAAGCAAGUGCUUGAGAAGACUGAGAGAAACCCUAAAACAUUCAAAGAAAUGCAGCAAGCAAGGGAAACAAGAGGAGAAGAAUCCAACAGUGAGAGGCAGAGAAGACUCGAGCACGGGAGGAUGUACUCUUCUAACGAUGACAUUUUCACUGAAGAAGCUCCGUUCCCUGCACAAGUCGGGGCGAGAGAAGUCAGUGAGAGAAAGAAGGAGAAGGAAGCCACUUUCCCUGCAGAAAGUGGUAAAGAGGAGCCUUCAGACCUUUCCAAGAUGGAGAACUCUGCAACAGCUGAAUUUCAGCUUCCUCCCCAAAGCCUGUCAGGAGAGCGGAGUUCAGCCUCUUUGUCUUCUCUCCAUUCACUGAGUUCGCAAAUGGGAUCAGCUAGAGUUUCAGCUUCUCUCCCUAGAAGUUACCAGAAAACCGAUACAUCUAGGUUAACGUCUGUGGUCACCCCAAGACCUUUUGGUUCCCAGUCGAGAGGAAUCUCCUCGCUGCCCAGAUCCUAUACGAUGGAUGAUGCCUGGAAGUAUAAUGGAAAUUCAGAAAGAACCAAGAGUUCUCCAAAUAGUACAGCAAAUAUCUCCUCUUCAAAACCAACUUCAGACCCAUUUCUGUCCAGCUCGACUACAAAACGUGAUGAGGAUGAGGGAACAAAAGGUCAAGAGAAUAGAAUGCCAUCUCCUCCACCUUUUGUCACUUCCAUUUCCCAAGACCAGACUAGAGAAUAUUCUUUUGCUACAUCAGAGUUGACUUCUCUCCUUGACCCCAUUAAAGCUUCUGUCUCCUCAGAAAUGAGAAAUAUUUCCCAGCCAGAGGACUUGAAAUCACAGAGCCCAGGACAGGAUGUGUAUUGGUCAGUGACUCUGAUACUUGUUCAAAGUGAUCAACCAAAAUCAUUUCAGGGCCAACUUUUGACCAGUGGGCCUGACGAUGGAGAGCAUGCCUGUCAGUCCUUUGAUCAGUACAGUGAUAUGAGGAUCAACAUACACCGGAAACCGGGGAAUAAUACUGACUUCGGAUUUACAGUCAAAUGGGAACUUACUGGAACCUUUGUAGAAUCAGUUGAACCAGGUAGCCCAGCAGAUUUAUCUCAGCUGCAAGUAAAUGAUGAAAUUGUUGCUAUUAACAAUACCAAGUUUUCACAAAAAGAUACAAAUAAAUGGGAAGAUAUUAUGGCUAGUGCCCAAGAAACUGGAAACCUGGUCAUGGAUAUCAGACGAUAUGGGAAGAAUGGUUCACCUGAAACUAAAUGGAUUGAUGCAACUUCUGGAAAUUUCAGUUCAGACAAGACUUCGAGUAUAUCAAUACAAUGUGAUUUCUCCGAAAAUCUACCAACUUCUAGUACUGAAACAGAAGAAAUGAACGGAUUACAUGGUGAAAGCAGUUCUCUAGACAUAAAAGAAUCUGAACCUAUUUCUUUGAAAAACUUAAAAAGGCGAUCACAAUUUUUUGAACAAGGAGGCCCUGAUUCUACAGUGCCUGAUCUUCCAGUUCCAACCAUCAGCUCCUCAAAUCGGUGGGCCUGGGAUCAAGAGGAAGAAAGGAAGCGGCAGGAAAAAUGGCAGAAGGAACAGGAUCGUCUAUUGCAGGAGAAGUAUCAUCGGGAGCAGGAGAAAUUAAGGGAAGAAUGGCAACGAGCUCAGCAAGAGGCUGAAAAGGAGAGCUCCAAGUAUUUAAAUGAGGAGCAGUUCGUGCUAAGGUCUUAUAGUGUCCCUGUAAUCAUGCAUGAGACUACUACUUCCACUCUGAGAGAUGACUCCGCUGUCUCUCAGAGGGAGAAAAGCAGAUGGGAGAAGGAACAGCAGCAGCUCCAUGAGGAAGAAAUUAAACGUAUGGAGGAAAAAAGGAAACUGGAAGAGCAACUUCAGCUUGAGAAAGAAAGAAAACUAAGGGAGCGGCAGUAUCAGGAAUUACAGAAGCAGAAAUGGAAGGCAGAGGAGGAAGAGAAGAAACAACAAGCCGAGGCAGAAGAACAGAAGCGUUGGGUAGAGGAGAAAGAAACCUCAGUGCAGAUAUACCAAUAUAAAAGGCCCGUUGAUCCCUGGGAUGUCACCAAAGAAGAGGAGUCAAUGACAGGUUUACUUCCUAGUGACAGGAAUAAAUCUAGGUCCACAACAGAACUUGAUAAUGAUUACUCUACAAAUAGAAAUGGUAGCAAUAAACAGCCGAACCAGACCGGAAGCACCAGCUAUACGCAGAAAGGGUCGCGGAAAGAACAUGCCACUUCAAACGCCGAGAUGGAAAGACAACAGAUCCUCCAAGAGAUGAGAAAGAAAACAUCACUCCACAAUGACAAUAGCUGGAUCAGGCAGCGUAGUUCCAGUAUAAACAAAGAGCCUGUUUAUCUGUCUGGUGUAAUGAGAAGAGGUGAAUCUUUGGACAACCUGGAUUCUCCGAAGUCUAAUUCAUGGCGGCAGUCUCCUUGGCAGACUCAGUCCACCACAAUCUACUCUUCUUCAUCUGUGCAAGAUUUCAGUCGGCCCCCGCCUCAAAUUGGGUCUACAUCGAAUCGGGCCUACAUGCGCAGCUUUCCGCCGUCGUUAACUGGAUCUUUAAGGUCCUCCACCUCCCAGCCAUCCACACCUUCCCCAACUCCCCGCUCUCAUUCCCCUUCCUCAGCAACUCUACCAGGAUCACAGCAACGGAGCAGGUCGGUCAGUGGGAAGAGAGUGUGCUCCUACUGUAAUACCAUUCUGGGCAAAGGAGCAGCCAUGAUCAUCGAGUCUCUGGGUCUUUGUUAUCAUUUACAUUGUUUUAAGUGUGUGGCCUGUGAGUGUGACCUCGGAGGUUCUUAUUCGGGAGCAGAAGUCAGGAUCCGAAACAACGAUUUGUACUGCAACAACUGUUAUCUCCGAUUCAAAUCUGGACAACCAACUGCCAUGUGAAAAAGUAACGCUCCAUACAAAAGCGUUGUUGCAAAUCGAAGAAGAGGUGAUUCAUAUUGAUGUAGAUCUAUAAAUACAUAUUGUUUGUUUUUUAAGGAAGUUUAUUUUGCCUGCUUUGAACUCAUAAAAGCAUUAUAUUCUUGGUUAACUGUAUUUUUGGGGUUAUUUAUGAAACUGUAAUCAUGUUUUGGGGGAAACCCGGUAUUCCGUUUUUGAAUUCAGAAGGAUAUUAAAAGCAUAAAGAAAGACAAACACUUAUUAGUUAUAAUUUUGAAAUAUCUUUGAAGUUGAUAAUCCUUAAGAUUUUUUUCCAAGGUGUAGGAAGGGAUUUGUUUAAGAAGAAAAAAUAUUUUAAACGAACACUAUUUGAGAUAGUUAAUAUAAAUGUGUAUUUGCAAUUGCUGCCUUAAUGUACGCUACAAGAUAAGUUAUGCACACCAGUAUGGGGAAAAACAUAUAAACAUCACACUAAUGUUUGCUUUCUGUAUUCUGCUUUUUUUCCAUCUAUGUAAUAUGAUUUUUUUGAAAUGAGUAUUCAUGAUAUCCUACUUUGCUAUAUGAGGGACUCUAUUUGCUGAGCAGUAGAAAUGGUUUAAGCAGUUCAUUGGAGAGCACCUCUUCUCUUCAUUAGAAAAACCUCAUUGUGGCUUGCACCCCAAAAAGUUUCAUGCAGACUCUAGUGGAUUUCUUUUCUGUUAAAAUGUAUUUGUAAAUAAACUUGCUGAAGCAUUUAAAUCA